AUGGCGCCUCCAACAUUGACAGCGCCCCAGUUCGAACAUCACCACAACGGCCUUGGUGUGGAGAGCGCUACACCUCGCAUCUCGUGGCGCUUUGAGACUUCCUCUUCCACAACGUCUGGCUGGAUUCAAGCCGGCUACGAUAUCGAGGUGACCUUUGCCUCUGCGCCUGAAACCCCCAGUGUCUUCUCCAUCCGAAGCGACCAGUCCAUCCUAGUGCCCUGGCCGGCCAGGCCCCUAGCAUCUCGUGAGCAGGCAACUGUCAGGGUACGUGUCACGGGCAAGAGCAGCCAUGGCGAUGUCCCUCCCGACAACGAGCCAGGUGCCUGGUCUGCUGCUUCGACUGUGGAGGCUGCACUCCUUGAAGUUGAUGACUUCAAGGCGAACUUCGUCACAUCUGCCGAGCAAAUCGGACCCCAUGGGCCCCUGCAACCGAUCCGACUGAGGAAGACAUUCGCGCUCCCCGAGACCAUCACCUCGGGCGAGUCAAUUGAGGCGCGCCUUUACAUCACCGCUCUCGGCGUCUUCAACGUCUGGGUCAAUGGAAAGCCAGCCAGCGAUGAGUGUCUCGCCCCCGGCUGGACCAGCUACCAUCAUCGUCUAGCGUACCGCAUUCUCGACGUCUCGUCCCUACUGCACCGCGACCAGGCCAACAUACUCGUUGCCGAAGUGGCCGAGGGCUGGUAUGCCGGACGCCUUGGCUUCGGAGGUGGCGAGCGUUUCCGCUAUGGCGAAGAGCUGGCCCUCGCCGCGCAGCUCGAGGUACGCAGUGGGCUGGCUGGCACCUCCGAGUCCUGGACGCUCGUGACGGACAACUCCUGGACGGCAGCUGCCAGCGCCAUCACCACUAGCGAAAUCUACGACGGUGAGGUGUACGACCUCCAAAACGAGACGGACGGCUGGAACGAGGCGGCUACACCUUUCCAUGGGUUCCGGAAUGCCCGGGCCGAGGCUGGCCCGAUGGCGAUCCAUCUGCCCAAGACAUCCACGCCCUGGUUUAUUCUUACGGAUAUGAAGAGACAAGGCUUCUUCGAGGGCUCCAAUUCCGCAGUCAACCAAUUACACAGCAACGGGGUCUGGCCAUGCGCGGAACUUUUGUGUCCAUACCACCGACUGUCCUCAGCGGGACGAGAGGUCGGCUGGGACGGGAUCUGCAACAUUCGCGCCGACGCGAAUUUUCUCUACGAAACACUUGGAUGUUGGGGAGCUGGCCUCGAAGGACGUUCUCCUGCCGAACAACUCACGCCAGAAGCAAACGGAAUUGUGCCCCUUGUCGUGCCAGAAGCCAUGCCCUCCAACUGGCCACGGGAGGCCAACUCUCAAGCCAUCUGGGGAGACGUUGCGGUUCUCGCUCCUCAAGCUCUUUACCAGCAUAGCGCUGACAACAGUCUCCUCGAGCGCCAGUUUGACAGCAUGAAGGCCUGGCUCGACCGGGGCGUAGAGCGAGCUCCCGACGGCCUCUGGAACCCGGACAAGUUCCAGCUCGCCGACUGGUUAGAUCCCAACGCGCCCCCGGAUGACCCCGCCAAGGCGUCAACGGACAGUGUCCUCGUCGCGAACGCCUUCCUCGUCCACGUCACCGACACAUUUGCUUCCCUUUGCUCAGCACUCGGCAAGGACGCUCUCGCUUCCGAGUACACCGAGGCGGCGGCCAAGCUGCGGCAUCAGUUCCAGCGACGCUACAUCACACCAGACGGCAACUUGGUCUCGCUUUCGCAGACGGGCGUCGCCCUGGCCGUCCAGUUCGGCCUCUAUCCCGCCGAGGAUGGCCCUCGCGCCCAGGCUGCCCUGACGCUUGACCAGCUUGUACGCAAGGCUCGGUUCCAUAUCAGCACGGGGUUCGCAGGUACUCCCGUCAUCGCCCACGCUCUCACCUCGAUUGGCCGGCCGCAGCUCGCCUACCGCAUGCUCCUCGAAACAGGCUGCCCGUCAUGGAUGUAUCCCGUCACCCAAGGCGCCACCACCAUCUGGGAACGCUGGGACAGCAUGCUGCCGGAUGGCCGCAUCAACCCGGGCGAGAUGACGAGCUUCAACCACUAUGCUCUCGGCGCCGUCGCUGACUGGCUGCACGGGUCUGUGGCUGGCAUCUCGCCCCUCACGCCAGGCUGGAAGACGGUCCGCGUGAGGCCUGUACCGGGCGGCAACUUGACGAGGGCGUCGGCAUCAUUCGAUGGCCCCUAUGGACUCGUCAGCAUUGCCUGGACGCUGGAGCGGGGUGAGGCGUUCCGCAUGGAGCUGACCGUGCCUCCCAGCUGCUCGGCUAUUGUAACGCUUCCUUCUGAGUUGCGGGGUGAUUACCGCGUGGCUGAGGAAGCAAGUAGGGUGGUCAACUCGGGCGUGCAUGUGUUUGAGUGUAUUUGCAACCUCGGCGCGUGGCCACCCAAGCCACUGGUCCAUCCCUUCAUGAUGCCACCAGAGGAGAGCCCCAUCGCUGGCGAGUAA